UCAUGGUCAAUUUUCAUGUUAUACUUUUAUUUCAACUUAAAAACAUUAAAAAAAAAACAUGACAUGUUUUAAUAAAAUAACGUUUGCAAAUGUAGGGAUUCAAUGAUGACAACAGCACCCUCUGGUGGAAAGACUGUUAGCUGCUUGGUAGCCAAAGGCGAUGAGAAAAAUAAAGCAUGUUUGUUUACUAUUACACAUCAAAUAAAUUAUCUAUAGUAAAUUUUAUUUACCUCUCAUUGAAAGACAUUCGUUUUGAGAGAAUUUUAAUACAAAAUACCAGCUUUUAAUCUUUUUUGGGUGCGUGUUUAUACGUAGCAUUACGGUAAAACGCGUUUGGGAGCCUAUUUAUCGGGCUAUUUUAUUCAUGAAAUUAGUGUUGUUUUUACAGAUUGUAAAGCGUCACAUUGGAAGUGGCAUGGGAAUUUGUCGUCACAUUUCAAAAUAAAAGCCUUGUAUUAAAUGCCAUACGUGAAAAAAUACAGAUAUUACUUUUCUUCAGCAUAAUAACAAGACAACAUAAUUGCUCUUCUUAACAUUUCAAUGUGAAAUAAUUGCGUACGCGAGAUUUUUUCACGAGUUUUGCGUUAUUCCGGAAGCUGAGCUUGCAGUUAAACGACAACACUUGCAGUGCCAAAUUGGGGGUGGGGCGUUCACGGCCAGUCUGUAAAUGUCAGCACAGCACGCAGCCGCGCGAGUUCUCCUCCGUCAACAAUGUUGGAAUAACUCCCACGCCAAGAGUACUUCACGGCGCCAUCAUGGCCGAGGAGCACCGCCGGGAAAACGAGCCGAGCGAGACUCCUUUCGGCUUCGGAGACGACCUGGAGCUCAACCAGUUUGACGGAUUGCCCUUUUCCUCGCGUUACUACCAACUCCUCCGGGAGAGGAAGAGCCUGCAGGUGUGGGAGGCGAGGAGGCAGUUGGAGGACGCGCUUGUGACGCAGCAGGUGCUGAUGCUGUCUGGACCCGCCCGGACCGGGAGGAGCACGCAGAUCCCUCAGUGGUGUGCGGAGCUCUGCCUGUCCGCCGGGUAUCGCCACGGCACGGUGGUUUGCACGCAGACCAGCGGGCACAGAGCCGUGGACUUGGCCCUGCGCGUCGCCGACGAAAUGGACGUGAACGUCGGCCACGAAGUCGGCUACAGCGUGCGGCUGGAGGCGUGCUGCUGCUCCGAUACUGUUCUCAGAUUUUCCACCGACGACAUGUUGCUAAGAGAGAUGAUGUCCGACCCUUUCCUGGAGAACUACGCCAUCAUCGUCAUCGAUCAGGCCCACCAGAGGACCGUCAGCACCGACCUGCUCCUGGGUCUCCUGAAGGCCGUUCUGGUCCACAGACCCGAGCUCAGAGUCGUGGUCCUGGCCGCCCCGCCCUUCACCGAGGACUUCCUGGCCCACUUCCCGGGUGCGCCGCUCAUCAAGCUGGAGAGCCGGCGUCAACCCCAGGUGAUCCACUGCAGCGGCGCCGACAAGGACUACUUCUACUCCGCACUCAGGCUGGUUCUGGAGAUCCACCGGACCAAAGAACACGGAGACGUCAUGGUCUUCUUGGCUUCUGAGGAUGAGGUGCUCCGCGCUCACAGCAUCCUGCAGAAAGAAGGAACCAGGCUGGGAGGAGAACUGGGUCACAUGGUUCCUGUGGCCAUGUGCCCCAGCCAGGGAGGACUUCCUGUGCCGCCUCCUUUGGAUGAGCGAGGAAUCGCACGCAAUUCACGGAGAGUUUUCCUGGCGACGCAACAGGAGGAAGACUCGUGGCGGCCGAUGGAGUCGGUGCACUUUGUCAUCGACGCAGGAGUCCAGAAGAAAAUGGUUUACAAUCCGAGAAUACGAGCCAACGCCGAGGUGCUGCAGUCCAUCAGUCGUUGUCAGGCGGAGCUCCGCAAGGAUCUGUGUGGACCGGCAGGUAAAUGUUUCCGUUUAUACCCCGACGACGGGCAGCUUCCCACGCGGAGGUCGCCUCGGAUCCUGGAGUCCAACAUCACGUCCACGGUUCUCUUCCUCAAAAGGAUGGAGAUCGGAGGUCUGGGACAGUGCGAGUUCAUCCACAGACCAGAUCCUGAGGGUCUCAUGCAGGCUCUGGAGGAACUGGACUACCUGGCCGCCUUGGACGACGACGGCAACCUCUCGGAGAUGGGCAUCAUCAUGUCGGAGAUCCCCCUGGAGCCUCAGAUGGCCAAAGCCGUGCUGGCGUCCUGCGAGUUCGACUGCGUGAGCGAGAUGCUGACCGUCGCCGCCAUGCUGUCAGCUCCGAGCUGCUUCCUGGAGCCGCCGUCUUCCGUGACCCACGAGGCCGUGCAGUGUCGCAGAAAGUUCCGGCACCCGGAGGGCGACCACUUCACCCUCAUCAACGUGUACAACGCCUUCAAGAGAAGCCAGAGGGCGCCAUGUGAGACCCUCCUCCAAUCAGGACGCGCUCAACACCGUCUUCUCAACACCGCCUUCUCCUUUGCAGACGUCGGCGCAGAAAAGUGGUGCCGGGAUCAUUUUCUGGAUCAUUCCGCCCUGAAGAUGGCCGAGCAGGUGCGGUCGGAGCUGAUGGACACCCUGAACAGGAUCGAGCUCCCCGUCUCGGAGGCAGCGUUCGGCACCAGGGGCAACGCGUCCAACCUGAAGCGAGCGCUGCUGGCGGGCUUCUUCAUGCAGAUCGCCCGGGACGUGGACGGCUCGGGGAACUACUUCAUCCUGGCUCACAAGCACCUGGCCCAGGUGCAGCCCACGUCCGCCUACGGCCCGCAGUCCAGCAAGCUGGGGGUGCCCGAGUGGGUGGUCUUCCACGAGUACACGCUGUCGGACAAUAACUGCAUGAGGAUAGUGUCGCAGAUUUCACCUGAAGUCUUCACUCAAAUGGCCCCGCUGUACUUCUUCUACAAUCUGCCCCCUAGCGAGAGCAAAGAGAUACUGCAAGACCUGCUGGAUCCUGACAGAGCAUCAGCUUGUAAGGACGAGAGACACCAAGUGAACAGUGUUGCUAACAAUAACAGCAGUGAGCAGUCUUCUGACAGGUGUGUCAUUCAGUAGAGAAUGGGAAAGAAGUGAACAGUCUGGGAUGUGAACAAAACUGUAUUAUUAGCAACACCAUACAAGUUGUAUUUUAACUGUAGUGCACAUUUUAUACUGAUUAACAAAGCAGGAGAGCACCUGAGUGGGUUUUAAUGUCCUCCGCUUUCUCUGGUCCUGAUACUUCUUCACAAGCCUGUAGUUUAAGCUCUCUUCAUGAAGAUUUGUCAUCGCUAGAAAAAUAGUUCAAUAAAUUCUGUUAAACAUGA